AUGACGAGCGAGUACAAGCGAGAGCUCACGAGGUUCAUGUCGUUUAAAGACGGCGUCACGUACAGCAACGAUCGUGUCUUCACGACGGCUGAGCUUCUUCAAGUAACACUCAACCAUUUGUGCCGCUGGAUGCACAAGCAAGCGUACGGCGACCCCGAACCAGCCGAAGACACGAAGCCUGUCCACCGGCGCUCAAGUACUCUAGAAUUCACCAAGAAAACACUUUCUUCAUUUAUGCCGCGGGUACAUACGUCCUGGGAUCCUGUGACCGAGCGAGGGAACCCCACUCGCUCUGACGCUGUGAACAAACUGAUAAAGAAGGUGAAAAGUUUGAAGUUCGCCGAGAGGGGGCGGAUUCUCAAGGUCGCCGCGCUGUGGAAUUUAAUGAGUUCCUUAACCUGCUACAACUCAUGUGAGCACAAUGGAAAUCCGAUGUAUCAGCCUAUAUGCAACUUCUCGCCAAACACGCAGUUCCCUUCUACUUUGCUCCUGCAGAUGCGGUGGUCAAAAAGUAUUAACGAGGAGCGAGAUGCACCGGAGCAGAUCAUUGAGUCCACGGCAAAUGUUUCGAGUUCGGAGUUUCUGUAUACCAAUCCGAAUGAUGGCGACCGCGUUGUGCAACGCUACUUGGCGAAUAUGGUGAAACAUGAUGGAUUCAAGAAGCUGAAGGUCGCACCGACCGUGAAGCAGGUGAUGGGUGAGUCUAUUGCGGCUACGCUGGCAUUACCGUUGCUGUGGGCGGCUUUUGAGUCAUCGGAGGCGUACGAACACGCUUUACUUCCAAGUAAGAUCCAGCAAAAAAAUUUACGCGCAUUCGCAAAUGUGGGUGGAAAUCACGCUCUCAACCCGGUAAUCCGAGAGGAAUUUUGCGUCACUGGCGACGGAUCCCAGCUGAACCUCGUUGCAAUUGACAGUUGUGGAAAUCCCGACCAACCUAAUAAUUUAACUGCAAGCACCUCACAGAACGUGUAUCCUGGUAGCGCUUUAGGCGGUGAAGGUAGUCCCGCGAGUUUGCAGCACUUAACUCGCAGACUGGAGCUGGGUGUCGUCAUACAACCGAAGUGCUGA